GGCAGCAUAACUAUUUAUGUGCUGGAAGAAAUGACUGCAUUGUUGACAAAAUCCGCAGAAAAAACUGCCCAGCAUGUCGCCUUAGAAAGUGCUGUCAGGCUGGCAUGGUCCUUGGAGGUCGAAAGUUUAAAAAGUUCAAUAAAGUCAGAGUUAUGAGAUCACUGGAUGCUGUUGCUCUCCCACAGCCAGUGGGCAUUUCAAGUGAAAGCCAAGCCCUAAGCCAGAGGAUCACUUUUUCACCAAAUCAAGAAUUACAGUUGAUCCCACCACUGAUCAACCUGUUAAUGAACAUUGAACCGGACGUGAUCUAUGCAGGACAUGACAACACAAAACCGGAUACCUCCAGUUCUUUGCUGACCAGUCUUAAUCAACUAGGAGAGAGGCAACUUCUUUCAGUAGUCAAGUGGUCUAAAUCAUUGCCAGGUUUUCGAAACUUACAUAUUGAUGACCAGAUAACUCUCAUCCAGUAUUCUUGGAUGAGCUUAAUGGUGUUCGGACUGGGAUGGAGAUCCUACAAACACGUCAGCGGGCAGAUGUUAUAUUUCGCACCUGAUCUAAUACUAAAUGAACAGCGGAUGAAAGAAUCGUCAUUCUAUUCAUUAUGCCUUACCAUGUGGCAGAUCCCACAGGAGUUUGUGAAGCUUCAAGUGAGCCAAGAAGAGUUCCUCUGUAUGAAAGUAUUGCUGCUACUUAAUACAAUUCCUUUGGAAGGACUAAGAAGUCAAAACCAAUUUGAAGAGAUGAGAUCAAGCUACAUUAGAGAGCUCAUCAAGGCAAUUGGUUUGAGGCAAAAAGGAGUUGUGUCUAGCUCACAGCGUUUCUAUCAACUUACAAAACUUCUUGAUAACUUGCAUGAUGUAAGUGUUUGGUUUUCAGAGAUUAUUAAUGAUUAUACUCUGAAUUUCUAUAACUUUUUAAAUGUGACAUUUAAAUUUUACUUCACAUAUUUUUUUAAAUUCCUAUUUGUACUUGUGUUUUAAGAGUGUUUGUAUCACACUGCUCAGAAUUUAUAUUAUGCUUUCAUUUUCCGUGUAGAUCACCUAAAUAUCCUUUUACAAGUAUUUGUAUGAUCUGAGAGUAAUUUAAUGGCUGAUAGGAAUUAUGAUACAUUAUCCUGAAUAUGUUCUAAAAUAUUGUUGCC